AUGGAUUAUCAUAAAGAGUUAAAAAUGAUUUUGCUUGAUUGUGUUUUUAUCAUUUAUAUAAUCGUAUUGAUUAAAAAUCAACGUCUUUAUCAAAUAGAAACAGACAAAAAAAAUUAAAUUCUGCUAAAUGUCAAGAAGAACUAAGAAGAAAGUAGGAAACGCAAUCAGCUAUACUAUAAUAUAAUGACAAGCAAAAUAGUAUCGAUAGGUGAUUUGGAUAGAUAAGAAAAUCUUGAUGGGAUACCCUUGGCUUGUUAACAAAAAAAAUUCAAUUGUCAAGCCCCAGAAAUGUAUUUCCAAAAAAUAUGUAAUUAUCUCAGGUGUAAAGUAAAAGUAGGCAAUAAAAGCUAAGGAAAAUGA